GUCUGUACUGCACAUGUAUAUAGGUAGUCGCAUGUACCAGGUUCAGAGCAGAGCUGACUAUAGUUAUUUAUAGGACAGCAACAAAAGAGACUGUUGCAUACAACAGAGAAGAGCUCAAUAACAAUAUGUUCAUGAAGCAACUCAACUUCUAUCUCUUGAUGGUGGUAGUCAUCAGCUAUAGUGCAAGAGCACAGCAAACAGCAACACUGCCAACAACAAUGCCAACAACGAUGGAACCAACAACGAUGGAACCAACAACAAUGGAACCAACAACGAUGGAACCAACAACAAUGGAACCAACAACAAUGCCAACAACGAUGGAACCAACAACAAUGGAACCAACAACAAUGCCAACAACGAUGGAACCAACAACAAUGGAACCAACAACGAUGGAACCAACAACAAUGGAACCAACAACAAUGGAACCAACAACGAUGGAACCAACAACAAUGGAACCAACAACAAUGGAACCAACAAUGGAACCAACAACAAUGGAACCAACAACGAUGGAACCAACAACAAUGCCAACAGAACCAUCAGGCAGAGAACCAGGUAGUACCCCUCGAAUUAACACAGCCACUGCAGACACAACAGAUGAAGCAGACGAAGAUGACACAGAAGACCAAGACAGAACACCAACAUCUACAGAUAUGGCAAUGACAGAAGGUAUACCCACACAGACGCCUACAACCGGAGAACAACGUCCUGAAACAAUACAAUCACCACCAUCAUCAACCAGGACACCAACACAGCGGCCACCACCACCCAGGACACCAACAGUUUUCAACAUUCAAAUAUCAGCUGGUGGUGGAGCUCAAAUCAAUUUAAACGUGACUGCUCAGCAAGAGCAACGAGACAAUUCUAUUAGUAUCAUAUUCACUUUCGAAACAGAAGGCACUCCAGCAAAUGGAGCAACUUAUGUAAUGCGUUGUGAAGCUACCAUUGGCACACAACGAGAUGUCCACAUUAGGAGACUGGCUGAUUUUGUUUCUGUGGCUACAAUCGAGAGGUUGCAAGGAAGUCAAAGGUACACAUUCAGUGUAAGAGUGGAUAACGAGGAAGCCAUUACUAAUAUUAGAAUGAGGGGAAUGAGGGAAGACUUCACGAUCGAUACAAUAGCGAUUACAAGAAGUUCGAUAUGUCUAAAUGCGGCCAUAGCAAUUAUGACAGUGGCUGUCAUUUUGUUUGUUGUCAUGGUGAUAGCGUGGGUGAUACUGUGCAUUGUAUUGUGCAAAAAGAGAUCAAAAAAUCAAAGUUUCAGCCCAUCUAAAUACGACACGACUAAUAACAUACGCCCACACAGCCACACCCCCAUUACACAGCGGCCCCUCCCCUCUCCACAACACAAUACUGAAGGGCAAACUUAUGAAACAAUACCUGGCUCCACCUAUGAAUACAUUGUUGCCGGAAGUGUUGCUACGGAAACGGUACUUUCUAGCGAGAGUAGGGAGUCUCAUUGCUACCACGUUUUAGAGAAAACUGUGCCGGAAAAAUCGAAAACUAUAUCAAACGUUUCAAAUCAAGUUAGUAACACUGACACUGACAAUACAGUCAGUCAUGACGUGGAAAACAGUAGCCAUACUUAUAAUACUCUGGAAGACAGGUCGAUUGAACAGAAAUUGGGUGAUUCUCAACUAACAGAAGACAACGGGAGUCAAGGGGUCACGAUUGUUGUACCCCCUCAAGAGCCCCUGGAGUACGAGUUGCCUAGCAACGCAUUGAGACAAAACGUUGCUUAUACGGACAGAACCAUCACCAUACAAGGCGAGUCAAUUGUGCAGAAAGAGAGCAAAGAAAAUGAAACAAAAGACAAAGGUGGUCAGGAGGUCGAGAUUAUGGUACCCUCCCAAGUGGCCCUGGAAUACGAGUUGCCUAGCAACACAAUGCGAGAAACUUAUACUACCACAGUCAGUACUGUCGUGGGAAAUGCCGGGCACACCAGCACCACUAUACAAGACAAGUCGAUUGAACAGAACUUAAGUGAGUGUAAACACAGCGAGGAGAUAUCCACUGAUUCUCAAUCAAAGGAAGGCCGAGGCGGUUGCAAUGAAAGUAGCAGUAGUUAUUGAACAAAUACUCAUGAAAACUAAUGCUGACUCAGCAGUUACCCAUGCAUCAUCCAUUAUUAUUAUGUUAUAAUAAUUAAGUAUAAUAUAUACCUGUGUGAAUUAUUCACAUUAAUUUGUAAUUGAGUAUGUGAUCGUGUACAAUUGCAUAUUAUUCUUGAAUACUAUUAUUAUACUAAUGUUAUUUUUAAACUUAAA